GAGCCUUAAUUCUUGGUUCCUGAAAGGAUAAUAAUUUUGUUUUAACUCAUACAUGUUUUUAAACCGUUUAGGACUGGUUAAGAAGAUUGAAACGCUUGCUAUUUAAGAUUCGUUGUGUCAGUUCCCUUCUUCAUCUUCAUCUCGUCAAACUUAAAAUGACUUUAUUUGUGUCUUUUUUGUUGCUUAUUUUACCCAUCAUUUCAAAUGGACUUCCAUUGUCUCAUGAAAAGUUACAAUCGACUUCCCAAUCUUAUGACCAUGAAUUGACUUAUCAGAUCUGUGGUCGCGAUACUACCCCAGGACAAGUGCCAUUCUACGCUUCAAUAGAAUAUGAUGAUACAACCGGUCAUUACACAAUGUAUAGUGGUGUUUUGAUUGCAAAUCGAUGGGUCUUGACUGUGGGCCAUUAUGAACAUUACAUUGCAACUCCACAAGUUGUUUUAGGUGACGAACGGAACAACAAAACAAUUGGAGUUGAAAAAAUUUAUAUCCAUCCGGAUUUUAAUUCAACACAUGACAGUAUCGCUCUUUUAUUAUUGAAAGAACCAGUUCAGUUCAGUAGGAAUAUUCAACCAAUUUGCUUACCAGAACCUGGAGAAGAUGAAACUUUUUAUGGUCGCAUUGGGAUGGUUACUGGCUUCAAAGAACCACAUCCAUGGGGAAGAAAAAUUGAAGGCUCAAAUAUGCAAAUAACCACCAUAAUUAGAUCUGAUGAUUGUGGUGAAUAUUACGACAAAGUUGGGUUCAACAAACCAAUUAUCACUGAGUCGUUUAUGUGUGCUGGUUACACCAAUGAUGUAGAAGACGUAUUUAUUCCUUCAUUUGGCAAUCCGUUGAUGGUCAACGUUGAAAAACAUUGGGUACUUGCUGAAAUUUCAAUGAAUAACGUACCUUGUCAGAAUACUGUUUCACCCCGCCUUUGUCUUACAGGAUUUCUUAGAGUAGGAUUUUACUUGGACUGGAUUAAAAGAACAGUUUUCUAG